AGUGAUUCCAAUUCCACAGUCCGCGUCGGACGGGGGUGCAGAUUCUUUCCACGCUCACACGCUUUGCAACUACAUAACCGUUUACGCCUACGUGGCAAAUAAGACAAACACUCACCCCGUUCAUUCUCCGCCAUCUCUCUCUCUCUCUCUCUCUCUCUCUCUCUCUCUCUCUCUCUCUCUCUCUCCCUCUCAAUCCCUCUCUCUCUCUCUCUGAAAACCCCUAGGGCCUAGCUAGUUGUCGCACCUUCAGAUGUUUCUUGACCAACACACUCUGCCUCCGAGACUGCGUCAUCGCAUGAUAUAGUUUAAGCACUUGAUUGAUCGAUCCUGUUGCGAAAAAAUAUGUCUGCCAGGAGUUUGUUGCUGUAUUUUACUCUUCUCGUCUUCUUUGCCCUAGGUUUGCAAGCUUCGGCUGAGACUGAUGUUCUCGAUUCCAAAGCUCUUCAAGACCUGUACAGAACCCUGAAUAUUCCGUCACAGCUCAAGGGAUGGAAGACAGAUGGUGGGGAUCCAUGUGCAGAAUCAUGGACAGGAGUUACCUGCAAUGGCUCAUCAGUUAUUCACCUUAUAAUUCCUGGGCUUCAGCUUGGUGGUAACCUAGGGUUCCAACUCUCCGAUCUCCGUAACUUGAAGCAGCUGGAUAUCAGCUCAAAUUACAUUCAGGGUGAAAUUCCGUACAACUUACCUGCUAAUGUCACACAUUUAAACUUGGCCGACAACAAUUUCAGCCAGAACAUGCCGUACUCCUUGACAAACAUGAAGCAUCUUCGGCAUCUGAACCUAAGCCACAACUCAUUAUCUGGACCAGUUGGAAACGUUUUCACAGGACUCACAAACCUCAAAGAAAUGGAUUUGUCAUACAAUAAUUUCACCGGAGAUCUACCCAGUUCAUUUGGAGAUUUGAAAAAUCUAACAAGACUGUUCUUAGAAAGCAAUGGAUUUACUGGAUCUGUUAUCUUUCUGUCUAACCUCCCGCUCUCGGAUCUGGAUAUCCAAGAUAACCACUUUAGCGGUGUCAUUCCAGAGACGUUUGAAAACAUUGAGAACCUAUGGAUUGGGGGAAACAGAUUCCACAGAGGAGAAAAUUAUCCACCCUGGUUUUUUCCCUUGGACACCACACCCAAUAUCACUAGUCCACCAUCUACAGAGUCGAGUGCUGUUGAGAGUCAUCCAUCUCAUCAUGAACACAAGCACAAAAAGAAAGGAUUCGGUCCUGGUGGAAUAGCUUCUAUAGUUUGUGGAGUUACUCUUUUGGCAGCAUGUGCAGCUUUUUUUGCUGUGGCCCGCAUUCAGCAAAGGGGAAGAAGCCUGAGACGCCUGGAGAGCAGUCCUGGCUCGUGGCAGUCUCUUCCAGUCAGUACAGCCAGAGAGUUCUCUUCCACUGCUCCAGAGGAAAGCUCAGAACUAUCAGCUAUUAGUUCUCCACCUCUGAUUGAUCUAAAGUACCUACCACCUCUGCGAGCCAGAACUGUAAGAACAUCUCGAAGAAGUUUCUCUAGGAAGAGCAGAGUCCCAGUAGGUACAAAGAUCUAUAGUGUGGCUGAGCUGCAAGCAGCAACUGACUCCUUCAGUGAAGCUAACCUUCUUGGAGAAGGAUCUUUGGGUUCUGUAUACAAAGCAGAGUUUCCCGGUGGACAAAUUUUUGCUGUGAAGAAUAUCAAUACAGUAGCACUGGCCCUGCAUGAGGAAGAAAAAUUUCUUGAUGUGAUAUGGAAUGUAGCCCGUUUAAGGCACCCAAACAUUGUAAAACUUGUCGGCUACUGUGUAGAGCAUAAACAACAUAUUCUUGUAUAUGAGCAUGUCAGAAAUUUGUCUUUGGAUGAUGCUUUGCAUUGUGACUCCUACAUGCCUCUGUCUUGGGGCCUUCGUCUUCGAGUUGCUCUUGGAGUAGCUCGUGCUUUGAACUAUUUGCAUUCGACAUGCAUGCCUCCAAUUGCCCACAGCAACUUAAAGGCUGCUAAUAUUUUACUUGAUGAGGAUCUUAUGCCCCAUAUCUGUGAUACUGGACUAGCUGUUUUAAAGCCCCUAACAAGCAACAAGAUCAAAAUUAAGGCUUCCGAGAUGGCUAUUGGUGAUACUGGUUACAUUGCACCAGAACACAUCCAAUCUGGCAUUGGUAACAUGAAGGGCGACGUAUACGCUUUUGGAGUAUUGCUUCUAGAGCUUUUCACUGGAAGGAGGCCCUUCGACAGUUCAAAACCAAGAGGAGAGCAAUCACUGGUGAGCUGGGCUUCAUCGCAGCUGCAUGACAAUGAAUCUUUGGAAGAGAUGGUUGACCCGGCCAUUAGAAGGACUAUUCCAGCUAAGGCACUGUCUCGUUUUGCUGACAUCAUCUCGCUUUGCAUUCAGGCUCAGAAGGAGUUCCGCCCCCCAAUGACCGAGAUUCAGGAAGGUCUGAUGUGCAUACUACAAGAGCAUCGCGUAGUAAGAGGCCAUACUGCAGCAGCUGAUGGCACUGAAGCUGAUCCUCUGGACAGGUCAUUCCGCUCAAGCAACUCGCGCUUCUUUGCCUCCCCAACACUGAGCUAUCUGUCAAUCUGAACAAAGUCUGCAACCUCGUUGGUGGCCCAAUUUUGUAAUAGCUAGUCGUCGAUCAUUACUAGAAGAAAACUCUGCUUAAUCAUACAUACAACACAAACAUCUUGUACAGCAGCUCUAGAGCUCAUGUUGUUGAAAGUGUAGAAUGUUUCAGAUGGUCUGUCAUGGACUCGUAAAAAAGGUUGUAUAAAAAACUCAUUGCUCAUGCAAUACCAAACCUAAAUAUGCCUCCACAAUUAUAAUUGCAACCUGGAUGAAUGAAUAAAAUUUUUGCACUCUCUUGUCGUGUGGAUAAAUAGAUAUAAUCACUAUCCGUCUGUUUUUAUUUGUAACUGUAGAGAGAAGCACGUGGGAGGGUCUCACCAAAGUGGUGUCGCACGUGUUGACCCGGUUUCCCCGUUGGAGCCAAAGACAAGGGUCCGGUUCUGGAUGUAAUACACAAGGUUCCGGUUGUAAUGGUGCGGCGGGUGUAUUCUAAAUUAUAAUACAGAUUUUCAUCAUUAUAUAUCUCUCCCUCUCUCUCUCUGGAAUCCUCGCAUACGCCCGUCAUUUUCAGUCUUUUUCCCUCUCUCUCUUAGAUCCUAAAAAGCAAAAAGCACAACUACAUUUGUUACAAUCCCUUUCUUCUUCAUCCUUAUCACCUCCCCCUUCAAUCAUCCUCUACUUUUCUCUCUGGGAUAAAAGUGGAACUGACAUUUUCACCAUUCUUGCUUUACACAUACACUGUAGUUUGUUGAUUCAAGCAAUAUACUGUGCUCAGUGUCCCUCAGAUCUGAAGUUUGGAUUUGUAAGGAACCUGCUGGUGGAACUACUGUUUUGAUUUACUUUUCAAUCUCUGCAAUUUGUGUUUUAGAAUUGUUGAAAUAAUCAAACAGAGAGAUGAU